GAAAGAGGCUUGUGGGUGCACGAAUGGGCAUUCCACGGCGACCUUGAGCUUUUGUUUUUUUUUAACUCCGAGAGAAAAAGAAAAGCUUGAUAGAUCUUGGAAUUGGAUCUCUCUGCUGCUGCAACAAAGGAAGUCGAAGCGGGCCUUCUACUCCCCAACCCUUCUGCUCCUCCUCCUCUCAUGGCAUCCUCCUCGUCGUCCAAGUCUUCUUCUACUGCUGCCUCCACUCCGCCUCCUCCCCCCCUUCCACCUGCAGCCAAGAAGGGCUUCUUCCGUCGCAUCCUGCCGCUUUUCCUCGCCGCCAGUCUCGGCGUCGGAGUAUAUGUUCUUGCAAGGACUUCAAUGAAACAGCCAGCUGAUAAGGAUGAGGAAGUUCCUUCUUCUCAAUUAGUCAGCACAGACGCUCCAAUUCCAGAGAAGAAAUUGUCCGCUGAACCUCUUUUGACGCCCAAAAAGAUGCUCCCUCCCAUUCCAGAACAUGAGCAACACGAGCUCUUCAAGUGGAUUCUGGAAGAGAAGAGGAAAGUCAAGCCUAGUGAUCCAGCAGAGAAGAAGAAAAUUGAUGAGGAAAAAGCUCUUCUCAAACAGUUUAUUCGAUCAAAAUCAAUCCCAAGCUUAUAAGAAUCUCAUCUGUUAGUUAGACUACAUUUAGAGAUUGCUGUGCUUGGAUUUGAUGUGAAUGUGGUUUCUGUAGUGUUCAGUCGUCCUUAUCUGUUAUUUUAGCUAUAUCUUUACAUACAUCUAAAUGGGUUAAAUUAGAAAUGUAUCGUUUAGUUAGAUGAUAUAUUCAGCAGGGCUCCGGCUCCUUGCUUUUCAUACAAGAAAGUCAUGUUCUGGUUGACCAUCCUUGCUUUGAACUGUACUUUGUACAAGAUUGUUUUCUUCUUGGAAAGUUGUUUAAUAUGGACCUAUCGAUUGAUUAUUUUUUUGGGGCUUCAA